AUGGGGCAUGCAACUGAGAAUGCAGUCGUUAACAAACAGUUCUUGCACAAUGUUACACCAAACGUUCAAGUAAACCAAAUGAACUGGUGUAGUUAUAUCAUCCAAUGCUUGCAACACGCCAAAACCGCAUGGGCUCCCAAAAAGCAUUCCACAGGGCCACUGAUCAUACUUGCGCUUGCCUUGGUGAACGAUGCUUGCAAUAGGAAAAAAUGGGACGAAAAAGAAGGAUACCCAAUUGAGUGGGUUACAACAGAAACUCUUGACUUAUUUGAGAGUGCAAUGGCAAAACACCUUGAGGGCAAUGAAGUAAAAAGGAAAACAGUCAAAAAAGGUAAAGGAAGCAAGCACCAAAAAACAAGAAAAAUGGAGGUUGUUGUUCAUGAUGAAGAUGAUGGGGAUGAUGUUGAGAAUGAAGAUGAAGAUGAUGUUCACAAGGGCGAUGAGCAUGCUGAUAACAAUGAUGAUGAGUUUGAUGAUGAUGAUGGUUUUGAUGAUGAUGAUCAUUAUAACUAUGAGGUGCAAAACGCCAUGCCCUUCAAUGAUGAUGAAGAGGCUUCACUUCAAAGGAUGGUGAAUGAGGAUAUAGAAAGCCAGGAAACGAUGUUUGAAGUUUCUGCAUCAGGAAACCAUGCUCUUAUCAGAGGAGUAACACAGUAUGACAACAUUUUUCCUAAUGAAGAAGAACAAAACAAAGAACCUGAAGAGUCAAAGACUGAAUACCCCAACAACCUCCUGGUACACAUUAAAUACUCACAAUAUAUGACAUUUUUGGAGAACAUCUCAAAAUUUGUUGAUGAAAACGCCAAAGAAAUGCAUGCUGAAACAGAAGAAGAUACACAAGAAACUGAGGUUGAAAAUGAGGUGGUACUAGGAGAUGAAAAUGAAGAAGAAGGGGAAAAGGAGAUGGCUGAAAAAGAAAACGCCAUUGAAGAGCAAACAGUUCAUGAAAACGCCAAAGAAUUUGAAAAUGAAGAACAAGGAGAAGAAGGAUGUGAAAAUGAAGAAGAAAGGGAGAAGGAGAUGGCUGGAAUUGAAAACGCCAUUGAAGUGGAAACAGUUGAUGAAAACGCCAUGGAAGUGGAAAUAGUUCAUGAAAACGCCAUUGAAAUACAAUGGGGAAAAAUAAUUAAAAGGAAUAUUGCUGAGAUUUUGGAGCUGACAGGACAAGAUCUAAAACAAAUGAUUGAUAUUAAAGAAGGUCUUGAUAAUUCAAAGAUGGUGGAUAAAGUGAUUAAAGCAAUAAAAAAACAUCUGCAACAUGCUAAAGAGGCCCCAAAAAUGCCUGUAUUUGAUAAGACACCAAACAUCGCCACGACAGAAACACAAGACAGUCAGGCAUUCAACACUGAAAAAAGAAAAAACUGA